CAGGAUUCGAGUUUGGGUUGCUGACGAGUCGCUAGUCGGGAGCGAUCUGGAGUGGCUCGGGUAGGAAUCGAACUUGGGUUACCGACGGGUCGCUAGUCGGGAGCGAUAUGGAGCGGCCCGGGCAGGAUUCAAGCUUGGGUUGUCGAUGGGUCGCCAGUCAGGAGCAAUCUGGAGCGGCCCGGAUAGGAAUUGGGCUUGGGUUGCCGACGAGUCACCAGUCGAGAGCGAUCUGGACUGGCCCAGGUAGGAUUCAAGCUUUGGUUGUCGACGGAUCGUCAGUCGGGAGCGAUCUGGAGCGGCCCGGGCAAGAAUCGGGCUUGGGUUGCCAACGGGUCGCCAGUCGGGAGCGAUCUGGAGUGGCCUGGGCAAGAUUCGAGCUUGGGUUGCCGACGGGUCGCUAGUCGGGAGCAAUCUGGAGCGACCCGGGCAGGAAUCAGGCUUGGGUUGCCGACAGGUCACUAGUCGGGAGAGAUUCGGAGUGGCCCGAGCAGGAUUCGAGCUUGGGUUGCCGAUGGGUCGCCAGUCGGGAGCGAUCUGGAGUGGCCCGGGCAGGAAUCGAACUUGGGUUGUCGAGUCGUACCUGAACGGCAUUGCGCCACAUGGCGAGUCAAGCGGAUCGUCAUGGGGCCUAGCGGGAAACUCCUUUUUGAAUGGCGCUUGGCGAGGGGUCUCGGAUGAUGGGACGCCUCUGGUGGGGAGUCUGAGGCGGGCGAAUCUAGCAGAUCCGAGGGGUUGUGAUGGGUCUUAAAUGCUGCGACUAUUGCUCUCCUUGGGAAGCCCUAAUCGCCGCCUUGCCGUGGGUUCCACCUAUCAUAUAGUCUCCAUCUAGGGCGAUUAUCAUCAUUCUUGCAACCAAUCCUUUGUUUCGUGCUUCGGUUCCUUCCUCACAACCCUGCCGCCCUCUUUGUUUCGAUUCUCCGCCCCGGCAACCGGGCUUCUUUCCCGCGACUCCGAGGUCGGGAUGUCUUCGUCUUCCUUUUCAUCCCCACUUCCCACUCCUUCUCUCUCACCUUCUUCUUCCUCUUCUAUGAGCUCCUAGGAUGCUAUAGUGAGCAUCUCCUCGAGUAGCGCCUCUUCAGAGGCCUUAGAGGGUCCCGCCGAGCUUGAGGCCCUUAAGUCUUUGCAUGAUGUGGACUCGGUGGUAACCGACGACAUUCUGAGAGUGCUCCGGGAUUGCUACCGCAUCCCAGAGUGCUUUGGCCUGCACGCCCCUCACUCGGGGCAACGGUCAUACGAUCGGUUCCCUGGCAGAUUUGGUUUGACAGUGGGGGCGCUUGAAGCCGGCCUGUGGUUUCCGGUGCAUCCUAUCAUUAGGGAUUGUCUUCACUUCUGGGGGAUUUCCCCAUCCCAGGUAUCACCCAACUUUUGGCGGUACUUGGUAGCUUUCAUCUGGGAGUGUCAGGGGGCGGGGAUUGAAUCGUCCCGGCCUCUCUUUAUGGCUUGCUUCCGCCUAGGGAAGGGACUAGGCAGAUAUUACUUGAUCGCUCGUAGUGGUUUCAAGAUUAGUGGCGCCCCCUCCAACAACAAAGGUUGGAAGAGGUGCUUCUUCUUCGUCAUUUGCGCUCAAGAGUGGGGCUUUAGUACCGGGUGGGCCAUUCGGUCCAUCGAUAACUCCCUCCCGUCGCUCUCUGCUGGUGAUACGACGCCGGUGGACCGUCUAAGGGGUAUCCUGUCCUCUUCUCGGGUAAUAACAGUGAUGAUCGAGGAGUGGACGGUUGGAGCUGAGCUGAGCCCCACCACCAGGGGUAUGCCCAUCCGCAUACAAUGGCUUAUUCGUUCAUUCCAUGCUGUCUAACCGCUACCUGUUCUUGUAGAAAUGGUGGACCUUCGAUUAGUGAAGAAGACGGCCAGCACCAGGGUCGUCGAGACGUCGAAGAGGGAAGGCUCCGAAGGCGUGAUUGUCCCGCUGGAGGGGAUGUCGAAGAGGGCGCUGGCAUCACCGGCAACGGAGCGCCCUCCCAAGAAGACGAAACUGGCAAUUCGAAAGAUGUCGGUCAGUCGAGCCACUUGCUCGAGCACCUCGCUGGCAUCACCCGAGGCCCCUGCCCAAGGAGAGGGCUCGGCGAGUAAGAAUGGGAAGGGGUCGGCUGGGUCAUCCGGUAGCGACCCUUCCAAGAGGGGGUCGGCAUGCCCCCUGCCGGUGCUGGAAUUGUGUCACAUCUUCUCCUGGCCCAAGGGCGGGUAGUUCUAAACUCAACUGAUGGUCGUCCUCCCGAUCGAGGAGCCGAGAGCCCCUUACACCGCCCGGUGGUCGACCCUAAAGGUCGACAGUCGACCCUGGAGCGAUGGGGAGACCGCCUAGGAGUUCGUUCGAGGGGCGCUGCACCCCUCGUUGGCUAAAGACCUGUACAGCUCCGGUUCGGAGGUGCUGGUGGAGCGAGCGGCCAAGUCACUCGUCUGGAGCCUGCACUACGGGAUGGCACUGAUCGAUCGGAUUCUUGACGUCGGGCGGGCGAUCGGGCGUCAGAUGGAUCUUGAUGAUGCCCUCUGGAAGGUGAACCUGGAGCUGCGGGCCAAGGGGGGUGCGGAGGCGAUCGUCGCAGCUGAGGAGCGCGCCACGGUGUUGGAGGGGGAGGAAGCUCGUUUGAAGACCGAGCUGGAAGAAAGCCGGUCAAACGUCCGUUCUUUGGAUGAUGAGCUGCUGUCCCUCUCCCAGGACGUCAAGGCUGCUAAGGCGAUAGCUCGAGCCGUCGAGGAGGUGCUCGAGGAGGAGCGGCUGGGUUCGAGCGUGGCUUGGUGAGGUCGAGCCAGGUCACGUACGAGUAUGGGUAUCGGGUGGCCUUUGCUCGUUUUCGGAUGAAGUACUCGGACCUCGACCUGGAGUCGAAUCCAUUUGUUGACAACCCUGUGGACCAGGACGUCGACAUGCCGGCGAACGUCCCCUUUGAUGAUGGGCCGCCGACUCCUCCCUUGAGCUAUGGGUUGCAUCCCCUCACCUUUUGAGUUUUGUUUUGUUUUGUUUUUUUUCUUUUUGUUCGGCUGGGCUUGAGGCCGAGUCAGCCGACCGUUGUAUGUACCUCCUUUUUAAUCAAGAAGCAAUUUUAUUUUUGGGAACUCUGGCUUAUUCUUCUCCCCGAUCGUGGAUGUGCUGGCUUAUAUAAACUUCCUAUGUCCCAACCAACUCCUCCCCCCUCAAUGGUAGAAUUUCUUUAGGUUCGCGACAUUCCAUGUCCUCGGAAGGGGACUUCCCUCCAUAGUUUCGAGUCAGUAAGUCCCUUCUCGUACCAUAUCGUAGACUCAGUAGGGACCUUCUCGAUUAGGUGCAAGUUUUCUCUUUGCCCAGGUCGGGUCGCUUACUUCUGCUCUUCGGAGGACGAGGUCUCUGACCUGGAUCGGCCUCGGACGGACCCUUUGGUUGUAUAUCCGAGCGGUCACCUUCUUGUAUGCUAGGGCGCGCAGGUGUGCAUUGGCCCUUCUCUCCUCAAGGAGGUCCAAGUUAGCCCGUAAUCCUUCCUCUGAGUGCUCUCGGUCGUACUUGGAGGUGCAUAAGGUCGGGAAUACCAUCUCGGGCGGAAGGAUUGCCUCAGUUCUGAAUGCCAAGCUGAAUGGGGACUCCCCUGAGGCGGUUUUGGGAG